UAAACAAUCACUUGUUUCCAUGUUUAUUUAGUUUAUUUCCGUUCGCUGGACGGAUGCGGUUAAUGGGGGUGUUAAUUGUCAAAACGCUCCGAAAGCGUCAGGGAAUGUCACUUGUUUUUUAUUCCUAUUGAUGGUCGCGACAUUUAUUUAUCUGGUACCCAAAAGGAGCAGUUGAAUGUGUCAAAUGAUGUUCUCACUGUUUGAUUUUUUUUCUCACAUCUCAGCCUUGAACAUCAUCAAAUGGCCAACGGGGGUAACAUUACCGAUCGUUCUCUCCACGGGUACACCCACACAAAAACACGUAUAUACACACAACUAUCGGCCAUUGCAGACCCCUCUACAUGAAAAUGUGUCACACACGCUCUCCGGGCAUUCAUGAAGAGAAGUCAUGCGCGUGUGUUAGUGCGUGUAUGCACGUUGUCUGUUCAUUCAUCGAAUCGAUGUCAAUGCGUACGCCUAUUUCCAUUGUAUUUCCGUCAAUAAUUGUUAUGUCAAAUGUUUUGGAAUUAUUUCAAUGGCCGGUGGAUGAUUAAGAAUGAGGGGAAUUAGAGGGGGAAUGUAUCAUUAAUACGAUGCAUCAAUGUGUCGAACCGCGAGAAUUCUUUGUGCUGUACGCCAACUGACCUGAGUGAUCUAAUGGAGUGUGCGAGUCCAGGUGGUAAUUAUCUGGUGAGGGUACGGGCCCAGGUAAUGACGAGAGAUGACAGCUCUGGGGGAUGGGUACCACUCAGUGGUGGAGGACUGGCUAAUGUUUCGGUCAGGCGUAGAGCACCAUCAGCUGGAUCUGGUUGCAGCACUGCUAUUGGUACCAGUUGUGGUGCAGCCAGUGCUAAUGCAGCUCCUGGCUCGUCACCCGGUAAUAAUUCAGCUCCGUUGAGCACUUCACCUCCCAGUGCAGCUAAGAGAAGACACGAGUACCUUAUUUAUGGAAAACGCAUCACUGAUCAAUCGGUGGUUCUCAGCUGUACAAUUAAGAAGGACUUUCAAUACAACAAAGUGAUGCCAACAUUUCAUCAUUGGCGUACUGGAGAGAAAAAAUUUGGAUUAACGUUUCAAACUGCUGCUGAUGCCAGGGCAUUUGACAAAGGCGUACGAACAGCAGUAGAAGAGCUUUUAGAAGGAUUGACGAAUACAACAUUAAAUGGGCAUCCAGACGUCGGUGAUGAGAGUGUAUUCAUGGCGGUUAAUUUACCAGCAGAGCCACCGGAUUCUCGUCAAUCGUCAGGAUUGGUUCGUGUACCGAAUUAUCAUUCCCAGUGUGGCGAUAUACCAGAUGGCCACAAAUCAAUUCAUUAUAUUAGUAGUGAUCCAUCAGCCAAGGUUGUACCAUCACACCAUCCACUGGAGUCUAGUGGUGAUGUGGGCGUUGACAAUUGUCCUUAUGUGCAGUUGACGACACUCAAUCACGAUUAUCUGUAUCCAGUGAUCGAUGAUCACAAAGGAGCCAAUACAACAGAGCGUCGUGCAUCGAGUGGUUCACUCAAGAAGCCUGAUAUAAUAGUAUCACAACCGGGUAAAAAUACAGCUAAAAGUCGAGGUAAUAAUAGAUUGAGAUGUAAACACUGUCAACAGACUUACGGUGAGCAUGAUAAUCCGAGGGGUGCGUGUGAGUAUGCACCUGAUUUUAUUAGUCGUGGUAUAGCAACUGUUUCGUGUCUUCUGUGCGCCAAAUGUAUGCUGUACCACUGCAUGAGCGAUGCUGAGGGUGAAAAUUCUCACAAUCUGGAGCACAAUCCGUGCACAUGCAGUACAGAAGAUGGUUGUGGUAGGCGAUGGUUUGGUCUUGCAUUGUUGUCCCUCAUUGUUCCAUGUCUAUGGUUGUAUCCACCACUACGGGCUAUUCACUGGUGUGGUAUGGCCUGUGGUAUAUGUGGUGGAAGACAUCAUCCAAUGGAAUAACUGGAGGAACCCUUUGAUAUCUCUGGCCCGUUCACCAUUGAGCCACACUAUAUGGCAGCAAUGCCCAGUGGGGCUGUGGCUAAUGUUUAUGAAUGCCACGAUCUAAGUAUGGGACGGUGUCAGAGAUACCAAAGGGGUAGACAGUUACCGGUACAUGCGCUUAUUCAUCAACGUCACCUGUGAUCAAAUAUUGCUCCAGGGUGUAUCAACUUCAGGGGUUCGCUGAACUUUAUUCGCUUCUUUCAGUCAUUUUUUGGUAUUUUAUUUUCAAUUUUUUUGGAGCUCUGGGGAACAAAAUGUUCUGGAAAGUUUUUGAUGUAUUUAGAUAUGUUCAGGCAGUACGAAAUCUAGUAUUUAUUUGUUGUGAAAAUCUGGAAAAAUUGAAGGGAAAAACCUAGUGAUUUCUCUGAGAAAUUUCAAUGAAUAUCAAAGGGAAUUGAAGCAAGAGAAUAAUAAUUUAUUAAGGAAAUUACAAGAUUUCUCUAUGAAGUCCCCUCAAACAAAAUAUUUUCAAUCAAUUCUAUAGAAAAAUUCCAGAUUUUCCGACAAUUUCUGGUUUAAAAGUCGGUUUCACCAUGACAAAAAUAUUUUAUCACCGUAAGGUGGGCCAUGACGCACACUAGUAUUCAAUUAUUUUUAAUAAAUUCCUUAAAAAGUUGGAAUUUCUACGGGAACCACACAAAUUCCACUCAACCAAGGGAAUAUAGAUGGGAUUUAAGACAAUUAGCGACAACAACGAUAUGCUCUAUGUUGAAGUUUGUGCCUUUCCCAUUUGGCUGGGAGGCGAACAAGGAACACGUGGGAGAGUUCGAGUCGAAUGAGGCAAGGCCAAUUCAAUGUUAGGUAAUUAAAUGGUCCACGUCGAGUAUCAGGUGUGGCUUCUUGACACUGACACAGACCUCGAGUAGCUUUUGCCAAAUUCAAGGUAGUUAGGAUAUUGCGAUGACCAGCUGAUGAAUGUCCACGUGGAGAAGCUAGAUAGAUUUUGAGGGAUACUUGUAUGCAUUAUAAUGUUCACUUAUCAAUUGUUAUGCAUUUGACAAAAAGAAAAUCGCGGGAAAAGCUUACGCUUUCUUCGGGAAAUUCUCUCUCUUGUAUUUCUAUUUGUUUCUCAUAAUGAAGAAAAAAGAGACUUUUAGCCAAGAAUUUAACAGAAAAAAAAUCAACAAAGAAUUAAAACCUUUAGACUUUCGUCCGCCAGCACUGGCGGAGAAGAAGAUAAUUUCUUGAAGAAAGCAAUGACAUUUUGUUAUUAAAUAUUCUCAUACUUGUAUUUAUUUUCCUUGUUAUUGAUUGUUGAUAAUCAUCCUCAUGGCAUUCUGCGCAUCAUCUUUUUUCUUCAGAUUAUUUAUCGUCUUAUAAAUGGAUAUAAACGUGUAUAUCAGUUCUGAAUGUUUCCAAAUUUAUGUAUAGAUUAACAAAACAAAAAAAUUCCGAGUAACUGUUUCCCCAUUACAACUUAGAGCAUUGUCAGAUGUGUGGAAGAAUAUGUAUUUCCCUUUGAUUAUUGAAAAACAACCAGAAGCAGCAGUUCCGUUACCCGCUCUGUGUUUCUAGGAUUCUACAUAAUUCCCUCAAGCUUUCAGUGUAUAAUUCACGUGCAUAACGAAAGAGAAAUAUGAAAAAUUUGAGAGUUAUCGUAAUAGUUCAAGUUAAAAACUUAAUCUAUUCGUGCGUUUCUCUUUUAUUGCUUUGGCGCACAUAAGACAUGAAAAAAAAGAGUUAAGCACAUGACAAACAGAACAAGUGCGAAGCAACAAAAAAUUAUUUUUUACAUUUCUUCCAUUAAUUUGUUUCCCCUUUAUGAUGGCUGUGGGAACACGAUUGAGCUUUAAUAUCGCCCAACUUCGAAAUUUAAAAAAAAAGUAUAGAAAAUCCAGUAACAAGAUACAGAGACGAUAUUAUGGGGUGAGGGGGAGGGAGGAGAGGAGAGAGAGGAACAUGAUCGUUAAUUCUAAAAGCGUUUAGCUGAGAUAUUUUUACUUUUAUUGAUUUAAUUAUUAGGUGAGAAUAAAUAAAAAGCGAUGGAAAAAUUCCAGGGUAAUUGUCGUAGAUGAAAAUAUAAAACAUGCAUUAAGGGAAAAAUUAACGAUGAACCACAUUUGAUCGAAAUUGACUAAAAUAAAAGAGAUACAUAUUUAUUUUAUUGGUUGAACGAAGGAGCAACUUAUAUUUACAUUCAUCCUAGCACUAACGUAUACAAAGAGAGUACAGAGAAAUUAACAAUUGCGAAUGUAAGUGCGAAGGCUUUUUUAGAUUAAAAUGGAAAUAAUAAUAAUUAAAAGAAAAACAAAGAACGUUAGUGUAUUCGAUUUUAUAUUGACUUUUUUACAGUUUUGUAUAUUCAAAAGGUGCCAGUGUAUUCCUGAUGGCUCAGAGGGAGUACACUUUGAUACUUUUUGCUUUAGGAUAGCACGUGUAGUGGUAAAAAGAAAAAAAAAGUUACUUUGUACACUCGUAUGCGCACUCCCAUGCACAACCGAUAUACAAAUUUAGUUGAUUAGUCGGUGAAUAAAUAUGUGUAAAUUCAAUGAUUCUCUCGAGAAGAAUGGGGGCUUUAGGGAAAGGGAUUGGCAAUAAAUAAAUUAUCCAAGAGCGAGCGAUGGUAACACGAGAUUUUGGAAUUUAAUUGUAAGUGAAAGUAUGUGGAAGAGUUGAAUCAUGAUGCCAGCGGGAUGUAGUGCUUCGAGCAUUAUUAUGUUUCGAUCAUAAUCAUUAAUUCAGAAAAGUGCAUGCAGUUGUGUUAUUUUCAUCAAUCCCAAUCAUGUUUUUUUAUUUUUUUUAUUUCAUUAUGUAAUUUCGUAAGUGUUGAUGCUUUAUUUACUCCACGCUGAGGCGAGGUGAUGAAAAUUGGUAGAACAUGAAUAAAUUUCUGAUUGUCAGUAUCAACCGAAUGAAACGCUUGAUUAAGAGGUGAAAAGUCUUCGAGAUGACAGAUAAAUCACUUAAGAGAUUCAAUUUUUCUCAAUCGAUGUAAAUAUGAUGUAUUGUUUACUGCCAUAACUAACUAUUGUUUUAAUCCUGUAGAAAUACCACGUUUUACCAUCCCGAGUUUCACAUUUGUGCUAAUUUUGAGUAUUAAAUUGUGAAAUAUAUUCGUACGUUGACGAUUAUUUUCACAAUCAUAAGGGAUUGAAGACGAAUACAAAUGGUAAUGAGCGAUAAGAAUAAAAACACUCAUCUUUUAAUUUAUGAAUAAUAAGUACAAAAGCUAUUUUCCCAAUAAGUCCAUUUGUGAUGACUACCAAAUGUGGAUACCUGUUUAAUCGUCUCGAGUAUUCCUAGUGGAUUUUAAUGUGCGAAAUCCCAAGAUAAAGAUUUAAAAAACGAGAAAAAUAAUAAAAUACAAGAAUGAAUAGUUAAAUAUACACAUAAAUAAGUUUAUGAAAUGGCUAAAUAUAAUGAUAAUGAGUGAAUGGGGAGCACCCGAUGGUUACGAAAUGUGAUUUGAACGAAUGAAUUUCCUUCCUACUAAUUUAAAUUGCUUCCUGUCAAGUGUAUGAAUGGUGAAAAUAAUAAAACGUGUUUUAUGAUAAACACAGGAAUGUGUCUAUGAUUAGCGUAACUAUUCACGUAAUAUAUAUUCAAUAUUACGGAUUGAAUGAUUGUGAAUAACGAUUGACGAUAAAAACAAAUGCUGCUAUUAUUGAUGCAGAAAUGUUAA